AUGGAGGUAUUCAAGGACAUGGUUCAUGAGCUGGAGAUUGGGAGAGAUAAUCCAGAUGGUGCAGACCAAGGUUUUAUAGGAAGCUACUUCCCAGAUUUACUUGAUCAGCCAAUGUUUCAUCCACCUCCCAAUGGCACAAAGCUUGAUGGAAGAUACAGACUUCCUCUGGGCUACCAAAUGGACGCUACUUAUUACUAUCUCAGACUUCGAUGGAGCGUACCCUGCGGGCCUAACAGUGUGAUUACAUUCCCUGGUGCAUCAUGGUUGAAACCAUGGUAUUGGUGGUCAUGGCCCGUCCUGCCACUAGGCAUCCAAUGGCAUGAACAACGACGCCAGACACUCGGGUAUGGUGCAGAGAUGCCAGUAGUGUUGAUCCAGUCUGUGUUUUACCUUGGAAUAAUGGCAAUGACACGUCUAGCCCGACCCACCCUCUCUAAGCUGUGCUAUCGCCGCGCAGAUAAGAAUAUCUCCACCCUACAAAUUGGCCUCAAAGUGAUUGCUAUAUGGUCCAUACUUGCCGCCUACAUAGUCCCAUUCUUCGUCAUCCCUCACACAGUUCAUCCACUUCUAGGCUGGAGUCUUUACCUGCUAGGUGCCUUUGCACUUUCCUGCAUAGCAAUCAAUGCUUUUCUUUUGCCAAUGCUACCUGUUCUAAUGCCAUGUAUUGGCAUAUUUGGCGUCCUUCUGGUCAUGGCUUGCCCUUGGUACUCCAAUGGGGUUGUGAGAGGUCUCGCUAUCUUUGGCUACGCCUUCUGCUGUUCACCAAUCAUAUGGGUGUCGUUAGUUAAGCUCAUGUCGUGUCUACAGGUUUCACUCGAAAGAGAAGCUUUCAUGCCCAAGUUGGUUGAAUCUACACCCCCUGCUGGGUUCAACAAGUUAUACUAAUGCAAGCCGAGCUCACCAUGAUUCAAUGGUUAGGACUUCCCAACACAUUCUCUUCAGGGUAGGCGACAGGAAUAUAUUCAUUUUGUUAGGCCUGCCCUUGAUUUUUCUCUCUCUGUGUACUACUAUACAAUCAUUUUUAUUGGUUGAGAAUUGAGAGCCGGAAAGGG